UGCGAACAGUGCACCCCCACACUCUGCGACGCGCUUAGAAUAGUCGCCGUACGCGUCAAAUGGCCAUACGGAAAAUCUCAACGUGAGGCAUCAUACAUCAUCCAAGGCCUGUUCCCGACUUUACAUCUACAAAAUCCAGAACAAAAUCCAGCAUCGAACUACAGCAUGCUCAUCGGCGUCUGUGGCAGUAAGAACAAACGUAUCCAAAAUUUCCCAAGUCAAGUCCCAAACUCACAUAGAUCAGGUAUCUGCUCCGGCAAAAAGACGGUGGCCCAAUAUCUCGUUGAGCAUCAUGGAUUCAAACUUCUCCAUCUACAGCCACAAUCCCAGCCAAGACCGUCCAAUACCUCGCUUGGAGCCCAUUCCGCUUCACCCGAGGAACACGAUGCAGAGUCUCCAUCACAGUCUACUGACUCGACAGCCUUCAAAGGCGCUCUGACCUCAACAGCGCUCACCACCAAGAAUGUUUACCAGUCUUCUGAAACCACGCUGACUCUCCGGGAUGGUCCGCAACACGUGUUUUCCACAGCUGAGGAACUCCUCGACUUUGUGACGAAACGCUGGCGCAGCCGCUUUGUCACUACUGACAUUCCCACCGAGGCAGUUCUAGACGUCUUUCUCCGUCGGCCUUUCUUCCUAUUGCUCUCCGUCGAUGCGCCAUUGACGGUCCGCUGGCGACGGUUCCAGGACCGCGCGAGGCAGAGGCAUACGGGAGAGCCUGACAUGAGUCUAGAAGACUUUGUCAGAGAGAGCGAUAUCCACCUAUACGAUGCAGAGAAAGGCCUUUCACCCCUUAUCUCCCGUGCUGUUGUGAGACUACUCAACACAUCAUCCUCUCUAGCGCACCUCUAUGCUACCCUUGGCAAGUUGGACAUCCCGAAUCCUGAUCGUCUUCGCCCUUGCUGGGACACUUAUUUUAUGGAAUUGGCAUCCCUUGCUGCACAACGCUCCAAUUGUAUGAAGCGUAGAGUCGGAUGUGUGCUUGUUGGCAAAGAACGCAGGGUCAUUAGCACCGGUUAUAAUGGGACUCCAAGGGGACUACAGAAUUGCACUGAAGGAGGCUGCCCAAGGUGCAAUGACGGCAACAGCUCCGGAGUGGGCUUAUCGACUUGCCUGUGUAUCCAUGCCGAAGAGAACGCGCUUCUGGAAGCGGGGCGAGAAAGAAUACGCGAGGGUUCUGUCCUAUACUGCGACACGUGUCCCUGCCUCACAUGCAGUAUCAAAAUCUGCCAGGUGGGCAUCAGCGAGGUUGUCUACGCUCACACAUACAGCAUGGACAACGAUACAGCCCGGGUGUUUAGGGAGGCUGGCGUGAAGCUGAGACAGUUCAUACCACCGCCCAAUGGCCUGAUUCAUCUCGAGAAGAUGGAACUUUACUAGAUCUUCGGUAUAUCGGCCGUCUCACUAUAAUCCCUUGCUAUGCCUUUGUGGGGAAUCUUGGGAGAGAUGCUGGAUUUUGCCCAGAAUGUGGCUUAUUGAAGCAGAACACGAUACUGGAAUUACUUGAACAAGAUUUGAUGGCAGAAGACUACGUGCUCAGGAUCACCCACCUCAAUUGGCAUGCAAAAUUCGCUCAUCUCGAUCCUCCCUCGCGAGGAGGUGCAUAUGAGACUUUGGUCAAAGGCUGGAGUUGACAUGCAAAGUUACUGUACCCCUCGCUGACUCCCUUGCGAAUGUGGUGUCCAAUUGUCCAAUCAAAUACUAUGUGCAACGCUCUCUCAUGCAGUAUCCGCCCUGUCCCGAGUCCACUUGAAGCAUUGCAUCGCUGCACCGAAACCUGAAAGGCGGAAGAGGCAGGCAGACGGCCCGUCGAGGUGCGUAUUGCAUUGCCAGUGUGGCCCGUUAUUGAGGCCAGCAGGUUACCAAGCCCCAAUGACGCCGAACUCUAGAACACUACAGGGUAGCCAUAGCCCACUUGGCCGCAGUGCGGGAAGAUGAGAAUGAAGCCACUUUGCGUCAUGGCGUUUGUCUGUGUCUUCCGUUUCGAAUAACGGUGCGCUUGGGUUUAAACUGGCCCUGUUCUCGACGGUCUCUUAUGCAAGACCAACAUUUCAACGCACACGAAUAAAUUCAAUAUCUGCAUCCUUUAUCCAAGCGCUUAAUUUCGACUACGUGCUAACUAAAGUCGCACAAGUUCUCGAAUGUCUCGGCUGUAACAAACUCUUGCUUUGUUUCAUACGCCUGAACACAUCGUGCGUUUGCAUCGCAACAACAGGACAACGGCUACCACAUGCAGGAAACAGUUUGCGAAUAGGGGCUCAGGAGUAUGUCAAAGUUGGCGAAGCUGCGCUGAAAGUUGCAGACCGCUGCUGCCAGAGGCCACUUACACGGCCCUUAUAAUAUGAACUGCAUAGGGGUUCAUUUCACAGAGCCGCAGACUUGUGCGGUGUGCUUCAACGACGUGCUAGUUGCAGCGAUGUCCCAUAAAAUAUGCAACCAAGUCAGGCGGUCAACAAAGUUGGCACUGAUUAUGUUGUGCACAGCCAGUUGCAUCCCCUGUCUAGUGUAAAAUGUGCGAGCGCGGGGGAUGUAUUGAGUGAAUUGAGUUGGAGCUGAUCUGUACGUAGGAUGUGAACAAUGAUGAAGGACCUUUCAUUGUGUUAGUGCAAAUGACGAUGACGAUGCUCCGUGUAAGUCGAUAUGUGAGUUGAUCUAAAACCUCCGAUCAAGAAGCACGGUGCAGCAACGGUAGAGGCAAUGC